CGGAAUCAGCCACCGUACCUGGGAGAGGCUAGACCCGGGCCCCCGAUCACCACGUUAGCAGCGAAUGACUUCCUUUGAUCUACUAUUUCGCAAACAAGGAAUCGAUUCGCUCUUUGCCAUGAGACAUAAACUCAGUCUAAUCCCCAGGCGGGCCUCCCCAGAACCCCUGGGCCUGGAUUUCCCUGUCUUUUCCUUCUAUUUUUCCUUUCCCCUCUCCGCGAACCGGGAGAAACGUACGAAAAAGGAGCCAAGAAGAAGAGAGGUAGAAGAAGGAUACACCACUACCACGACUACUCUUUCGUAAUGCCUCCUUGAAUCGACCACUCCUCCGCCGCCUGCAAAGAUUGCUCCUGUAUAACGGACCCCGCACCUUUGCUGUUGUCGAAGCCCACCUUUGCUGUGACAUCGAUGGCGCUCCAGUUGGCGGAUGGCCUGCCGGACUGUGCCACACCGUGUCUGACGCAGGCCGUCAACAUUACAACAUGUGCCGUCGCCAACUUGACGACGACAUGCCUAUGCCAGGACAAGCACGCCAUUGAUUCCUUUCGCGUUUGUAUACGUGCGGUGUGUGAUUUGGAGCAGUCUUUACUUGCCAAGAACAUGACAUGGACAACAUGCGGGUAUCCAUAUCACCACCAGACGGGUUCGAUCGCCGGCAAAGUCACACUGGUGAUCAUCACCGCCGUCUUUGUCCUGGCUCGGCUGCUCUCCAAGUUCCUAAGGCUGUCAACGUGGGGACCGGACGACUUCACGUUGAUAUUGGGAUAUUUAUUUUCCAUCUCUUUCGCCAUUUCCAAGUUCCAAGGAUACCAACUCGGCAUCGGCCGCGACAUCUGGACCCUCUCCUACGACGAAAUAACCCGCUUCAUGCAAGUCUUCUUCGCCUUUGAAGUAAUCUACACCCUCUCCAUCUCCGCCCUCAAAGCCUCCAUCCUCUUCUUCUACAUCCGCGUCUUCAGUAUGGUCUCCCGCACCUUCUCCCUCGUCCUUUGGUGCACCCAAGCCUUCAAUUUCAUAUUCUGCCUCGCCUUCACCGUCGCCAACCUGAACCAGUGCCGCCCCUUCAGCAACGCCUGGGAGGCCUGGGACGGCCGCCACCCGGGAUAUUGCAUUAACGUCUAUGCCAUGUUCAUCGCGCACGCGGCGAUUAAUAUCGCGCUGGAUGUGUGGAUGUUGGGGUUGCCGGUCACGCAGGUGCUGUGGUUGAAUUUGAGAAAGAGGCAAAAGGUUGAGAUUGUGGUUAUGUUUGGAUUGGGUGUUUUCAUCACAAUCGUCAGCGCAGUCCGUCUACGAGUCCUCCUAAGCCUCGAAGGCUUCCAAGACCCAACCUACGACGCCUUCUACCUCCACAUGUGGUCCUACAUCGAACUCUCCGUCGGCAUCAUCGUAGCAUGCCUCCCCUCAACCCGCCAAGUCUGGCGCCACCUCGUCCCCAGGUUCCUACGGCUGGUCGGCCUGGGGACCCCACCGCACCACGAAAGACCAGGCGAUUCAGCAAAGAAGCUUCGCGAUAUUCUGUUCAUGAGCACGAACGGAGGAGGAGAAGGAGGAGGAGGAGAGCAGCACUCAUCGUCGGCGGGACCUUCGAGUCCGAGUGGGUCGUCGACUCGGCGUCCUGAUAUGCACUGUAAUUUGUAAUACCCCAUUUGUAUACCUUAGUUAUUUAUGUUCCUUUGAAUAGUAAAUUUGUCUCUGGA